GCAUCAUUUAUGUUAUAAGGACCGGAAGAAGGAUGACGCGCUCUUGUUUGGCUUUUUGGAUCCUGCAUCCACAUAUACCCUCAAUAAAGAAUUUCAAAAUGCUGUGGUCAAACGGUUGAUGGAUAAUUAUUAUCGACUAUAUCUCAUGCCACAUAAUCAAAUGGCCCAUUGGAUUUUGGUUGUAAUUUGGGAUGGCGAUCUCUAUAUUCUGAAUCCUUUGCCACACAACACCCGUUUUCCAGAUUUGGAACGAGGACUAAUAGAUGCAUUGGCAAGUUACCAUGCUCAAAGUGGAAGGGCAAAGAGAACUCCCAAAGUAGUCUAUCUUAUGGGAUCGCCUAAGCAACCAGGGGGAACUGAAUGUGGGUAUACGGUCCUUAGAUAUAUGAGAGACAUUGUUAUGGACAAAGAAAUGUCUUUCAUGACCAAGUGGGCAGUCAGGUCUCGAAACUGUUACACAGAGGAGGAGCUGGAUGAGGUCCGUAUGGAGGCUCUCGAAUUUAUUGAGGACAAGAUGUAGUUUGAAUUUCUUUUGUUGAAUGGUAAUUAAUUAAACUGGUAUAUAUAGGAGCUGUUAUGUGGAUGUUGCAUGUCAGCUCUAGCACUUUGUAGUUCGGGAAUUGCUUUAACGUUGUUGGUUGGGGAUCGAGUUGGUAUAUAUUUUGGAUGCGUACGUACUGCUGAAUUUUACUUGUUGGUUGGGAAGUUAGUAAUUGGCAAUGAAAGUGAAUUUCAGUACGUACAUUGGUUAUAUUUUUUGUGUCUGCAAUUUUAGAUUUAUUGUUCUUCUGGUUAGUUUUGUUUGUUGUGGUAUUGGCAAGAAGAUUGUGCUUUCAGUUUU